AUGAAGUUCUCCGUCGCCGCCCCCCUCGCCCUCGUCCUCGCCACCGCCGCCCCGUCCGCGUACGCAGGCCCCCUCGCCUACGGCAUCUGCCAGACCGGCUGCAACGCCCUCGUCGUCGCCUGCUACGCCGGCGCCGGGUUCACCUUCGGCACGGUCACCGCGGGCGCGGGCGUCCCUGCCGCCGUCGUGGCCUGCAACGCCGGCCUCGGGGUCUGCAUGGCCGGAUGCGCUGCCGCUAUCUUCGCGCCGACCCCGUGA